GGUGUUCACUACCCACAAUCCUUUGCGACUUCCUUUCCGACUUUACUCGGGCAGAAAUGGCGCCUACCAAGAAGGGAGGUGAAAAAAAGAAGGGUCGUUCUGCCAUCAACGAGGUGGUGACCAGGGAGUACACCAUCAACAUCCACAAGCGCAUCCAUGGAGUGUCCUUCAAGAGGAGGGCUCCCCGCGCUCUGAAGGAGAUCCGUAAGUUCGCCAUGAAGGAGAUGGGGACCCCUGACGUACGCAUCGACACCCGUCUGAACAAGGCUGUGUGGACAAAGGGAGUCAGGAACGUACCCUACCGCAUGCGCGUGCGUCUGUCGAGGAAGCGUAACGAGGACGAGGAUUCUCCCAACAAACUGUACACCCUGGUCACCUAUGUCCCCGUCACCACAUACAAAGGUCUGCAGACAGUCAAUGUGGACGAGAACUAGUUUGUUCACCAUUGUGGAAAUAAAAAUCGUAAAAGGAAA